AUGGGUUUUAGAUUUAGUAAAAGUGCGGUAGUAACCAUAGUGGUUAUGAUGUUGGUGCUUUCGGUCAUUCGUGCGACUGUGACGAAUGAAAACAUCAAGUACGAAGAUGCGAAAACGAAAGCGAAAAACAUGGAAAACGAGGCCUAUGAGGCCGCUAAAGACGCUAAAGAAUCCGCAGAGUCUUGGACGGGUUGGGCCAGAGAAAAAAUAACGGAAGGUUUAGGACUUCGGACCGAAGAUGCCAAAGAUGCUGGUCGUCGGGCCACUGAUGCAACCCUUGACUCCGCCAAGUCCACCAAAGACAAGAUUACUGCAACAGGAGAAUAUGCCGCAGACAAAGCAGGGCAAAUGAAACAAAAUGCGGGUCAGAAAACCGAGGAAUUGAAAGACAAAGCAUCGGAGACGGCAGAAUCCGUAAAACACAAAGCAGGGCAACUGAAGCAAAAUGCGGGUCAGAAAGCCGAGGAGUUGAAAGACAAAGCAUCCGAGGCAGCAGAAUCCGCAAAAGAUACGGGCUACAAGGGUGUGCGAAAAGCGGAGCAAGGUACAUACAAAGCGGCCCAAAAAACGAAAGACGCCACAGAGGAUGUGAAAGACAGGGCAGGUAAUGUGAAGGAUGCGACUUUAGAGAAGGCACGGAGUGUAAAAGACGCUGCGGAGCACGUGAUGGAUGCGGCAUACGAGACCGCAAAGGACGGUACGGGAUAUAUUAAGGACUCUGCUUACAAGACCGCGGAAAGUGCGAAAGAAGGGGCUGGAUAUGUGAAAGAUAAAGCGAAAGACAGUGCAGGGUACGUUAAGGAUACGUCUUACGAAAAAGCGCAAGGCGCAAAAGAAGGGGCAGGGCAUAUGACCGAGACGGCUAAGGAGAAGACGAGACAGGCUGCCGAAGGUGCGAAAGAGGGGGCCGGGUAUGUGACCGAGACGGCAAAGGAGAAGGCGAGACGGGCCGCUGAGAAGGCGAAAGAGGGAAGUGAGGAUACGUUGGAGUGGGCUAAAGAGAAAGCGAAACAAGGGUUCGAAAAGGCGAAGAAUGUGAUGGGGAGCAAGUAUGAAGAAGUAGCUGAACCGCAAAGGCAGAAAGCUAAGGAUUUUAAAGAUAAUGUGAUUCUAGGUAGUGGUUCCUAUGAUGAGGAGCUUUAA